GAGAGCAGCGCUGUGCUGGCUUUCAGCGCUGUCGCAGUUUGAUUCAGAUAAAUUUCGUAAUUCGUCAGCAUCGCCGGAGAAGGAAGUGCAGCCAUGGCGCAGGGGCUCAAAGAAAGAUUUGAAAAGUUUCUUCAUGAAAAGAAUCUGAUGACAGAUGUUCUGGCCAAAAUUGAGGCAAGAACUGGAGUAAGCAGGACGUACAUCGCUCUGGCUGUCGUCGGUAUCAUCGCAGUUUACUUGGUCAUUGGUUACGGAGCCUCCCUGCUGUGUAACCUCAUCGGCUUUCUGUACCCAGCCUACAUAUCAAUUAAGGCCAUUGAAAGUGCCAACAAAGAUGAUGACACUAAAUGGCUGACCUACUGGGUGGUGUAUGGAGUCUUCAGUGUGGCAGAGUUUUUUGCUGACAUCUUCCUCUCCUGGUUCCCAUUCUACUAUAUUGGAAAGUGCGCCUUCCUGGUGUGGUGCAUGGCUCCGACUCCUUCGAACGGAUCAGUCCAGAUUUAUAACCGCAUCAUUCGACCAUUUUUCCUCAAGAAUGAAGCCAAGAUCGACGACGUGGUGAAGAACCUCAAGGACAAGGCUUCAGAAGCUGCUGACAAGUUCAAAGAUGAGGCCAAGAGAGCCACAGCAAACAUCAUGUUUGAGGAGAAGAAGAGCUCUUAAGGAGGAGGCUUCCUGUCCACAAUGUCCACGCUGGAGCUGAAUCUGUUACAGAAGACAUGUUUCCUUGAAAAUGUUUGUUUUAAAGAGAUCCUGUUCUGUAUGUAACCGCAGUCUUCAUCUGAGCUGUAUUAGAUAUUACACAUUUCAGUCAAAGCCAUCCUCCCAGGUCACUUUACGUAUUUAACUUUGCCUUCUGGAGGGCUGUCAGGUAACUGUUUGCUGGCCCUGAUUCGCUUCAUGAACCAAAUAAAGACAAACCUGCUGAA